CCCCCAUCGAUCAACAUGGCCGCCCCCAUAGAGUCGUCCCUGCUGCGUCUCCCAGCAUCCUCGUGAAGGAGUCAGCCGCUUCUUCGCGGUGAGGCCGAGAUGUCGGACGACACCCUCGCCUCGGCGGGGCUGUACACGGACGAGCUGAACAAGAUCAGGGUCCUGGAGCCAACGGCCGCUCAGCAGACCACAGAACUCAAAGAAGAAUGCAAGGAAUUCAUGGACAACAUCGUGGAGUUCCGGACCAUCGCAGACAAGCUGAUCUCCACGGUCGACGGCCUGCAGGCACAAGUCGAGCAGCAGAAGAUGAAGGCCAUCGGUGCCCGCAACCUCCUCCAGUCCGUCACCAAGCAGAGGGAAGCCCAGCAGCAGCAGCUCCAAGCUCUAAUAACAGAAAAGAAGCUGGAACUGGAGCGGCUGCGUCUACAGUACGACUCCCUCCUGCAGACGGAAGCCGAGCAGAAUGAAUUCAUUGAGCAGCUUCUCAUGCAGAAAUAGGAAAAGAUGUUCAGCCGUUGCACUUUCCGUCCGCUUUCUAGUCACGUGAUCUCAUGCCCU